GCCAGAGCCACGGAGGCGACAAAUCAACCCACAGCGCUAGGGCCACCACUGCGUUUCCGCUACCAGCCAGCGCUAGAGUAGAAGUCUGCAUCACCGUCGACCAAACUCCCCCUUCUCCUUUUUCCCCAACAAACGUCUCGAUACCCAGCACAUCAUCCAGCCUGCAGCGCGGGUACAUCCUCAGACGAAAGAAGAUAUCCCGAUUUUUUACAACUCCGAAUUUAUCCCCUUCCUCGGCGUAACACUGUACCAGUCAGCUGUCAACGCCAACCACGACCAUCUUCAACUCCCGUCUUCUCCGACACCCUUCUUCCCACACACAGCACCUCACUACGCCGCCAUCAUGUCGGAAGCAUACGAGAGAGAGAGCCAGAACAACUCGCGCCUGGAGGAGCUGUCCUCCAAGGUCUCUGCGCUGCGAGGCGUCACGAUGAACAUUUACGACAACGCACGCGCCCAAGACGUCAUUGACAAUACGUCCGAGACGUUUUCUUCCAUGACAACCCAAAUGCGCGGCUCAGCGUCUCGCCUCACUCGAAUGGCAGCCUCGGGAAACAGAGUCGCAAUUCUCAAGCUAGCCGGAAUUAUCAUCGCCGCCUUCUUCUUCAUAUACUACGCCACCAAGGCUAUAUUUUAAAACAUAACAACCAACGACGAACGAUGAUGCAGACGGGGAGAGCGUUUUGAAGGAUCAAAGCGGCGAACGGCUGCACUAUGUUGAGUGUUCAGGUAGAUAUGGUUUUUGGCGUAUAUCUUGUUUCUGAUGGAUUGUUUUGGAGCAAUACCCUUGGCAUACAUAAGGCGUUUUGGGAGAAAUAAGCUUGUUUUAAUGCUAAUUAUCAUCAUUUUAUUCUAUCGAAAACCAACCUCCCGUGACAACCCGCAUGUGCCUUUUUUCAUCAUAACAUGCUCCCCUGCCCUGCGCCAACUUUUUGAUACCCACACUUGAAACCAUCUUCCCAUUCUAUAAAGAGCUUCCGAAUUAUAGGCUCAUGCACUAGAGUGUUUUCAUAUUUAUUGCCAUACGUUGGAGAAUAGAUCGUCAUCACCGCCAAAUCCACCCUGCUUGCCUCCCUGUUGGCCACCAGAUGCAGCGUUUGUGGUACCUGUGCUGGAGGACCAACCACCGAACUCUUCAUCCGCAGCAACCUUGGGGGCAGGGCUGAAGCCACCACCAGCGCCAGGAACAAUAGGUGUCUGCGAAAAGCCACCAGUGGCACCGGGGACAAUAGGGGUCUGUGACAAUCCACCGGCUGUUCCCCAUCCGAAAUCGCCGGCUGGGGCAGGCUUCGAAAUCUCGGGGCUCUUGUGAACUGGCGCGGGGGCGGGUGCAGGUGCGGAUGGUGUUGCCCAAGCAUUGUCACCCCAAACAUCGGCGCCAGAGGCCACGGCGGCGGCGGCUACAGUGGGAGCAGGCGCUGGGGAUGGCUUCGGCUGGCUUAGGUUGAAAACGGAGGAGCUAGGGGGAGAGGUUGCUUUAGCAAGAGGAGGCGAGGCCUGUGAGACGGGUGCGGAUAAGUCGAAGAGAUCGCCCAUGGUCGAUGAAGCAGGCUGGGCAGGUUUGGCUUGCGCUGCAGGAGUGGCUGAAGCGAAGCCGCCAAAGUCACCAAAGCCAGAGUUGGAUGGCUUGGGUUGGUGCACGGGAGCAGCAGGCUGUGCUGGCUUGGUAUCAAAGAAGCUGCCGCCGCUCAGUCCUCCGAAUGCAUUGCUGGUUUGUUGAGGCGCAGGCUGGCUCAUGGACGAUGCGUUUCCGAAGCUGGCAAAAGGAUCGGAGGCGACAGGCUUGGGGGCGUUGUUGUUGUUGGAGAUGCUGAGUCCGCCAAAGGCAUCGUUGAAUCCGCCAGUUGCCGGUUGCGUAGGAGAUGCCAUCCCUCCAAACGAGUUUUGCUGCUGAACGGGCGCCUUGGGGGCGGAGGCGUAGAGGGAUAGAAUAGACUGCUUCAGAUCGGGGCGAGAUUGGGCUGCAGCGGCGGCGGUACCCGGCGUACUGGCAGGUCGGGGAGGGGCAGCAGGCUCGCCGAGGAAGUCUAGGCCAAGUAGCGAGUCCUUUGCAGCAGUGGCUUUGGGUGGUGCUGGGGCUGCCUUGGCUGAGGGUGGUCCAGACGAGGUCUGACGAGCGGGAGCAGGAUCAGGGCCCCCAAAGAGGUCAAUCUGGGCGGCGGGUUGCGCUGCUGGUGCUUGCUGUUGUCUCUCGACGGGCUGUCUCGUCGGUGCGGCGGCUACCGGUGCAGCGGCAUCGUCGCCUAGAGUGGCGGGGUCGGGGAUAGGUCCGUCCAUCGCCCACCGCUUGAGGUCGUACUUUGUGCGGAUGAAGUUUUCGAUCUUGGCUUCGGACGGCGCAUGGCCCUCGGCAAGCUUGGCCUCCCAGUACUUGUUGGCGCGCGCAUUGCCCCAGUUGACGACGCUCUGUAAUUGUUCGUCGGUCCACGAGUCGAGAUCGACAGACUUGACCCUGCUGAUGUGGGUGCCCAUGCCACGGUGAAUACCGGAGCAGCGGAUGCAGAUGAAGACA